UCCAACGGCGGGUUCCGUUAGAUUUAAAGUUUGGCGAACGGCUGUUAGCUAGUGGCCGCUAAUUGUCAGAAUGUUUGGCGGUCAAAGUGCGCUGUCUUUUCUCUGGUAGAACCGGUCGGCCUCCACAACAAUGGAUAUUGGAAAGCAGGAUCCCAGUGCCCGAUGUCUCGUUACGGAUCGGAUGAAAGUGCAGGCUGGCUCUUGCGGUCAGGAUGCUGCUGGAGAAGAUGUUGGUGUUGGCUUGCGGCGGGACUUGGAGCUCCUGAGGGCGGCAGGCAAGGAAUCGCCGUUACCGAGUCCGGCAGGAGUCAGGCAAAGCAUGAAACGUUUAUCGAGCGAGUUGCAAGGCUUGUACGAGGAAAGACUGAAGCAGCUAGGGAAUAAAGAUGAAAGUAAAGGGGCUCUAAAGAUGAAGUUAAGGAUUCUUCAGUCGUAUGUAAACGAUCUUAGUGAUCAGAAUAAAGUUUUGGUCCAAACUGUUGAAGAUCUUGAGAGAGAAGCGAAUGAAAAGAUUGCAAGUCUGGAUGCUAAACUUUGGAGAGCUGACCAGGCAUCAUAUGAACAGUGGUUGAGGUGCAAAGCUACUAAGGAAGAAACUGAUUAUCUACGCAAACAAAACCUGGACAUAAAAAUUGACCCCAGUACCCUGAUUGGUGCUAUCCAGCAAGAUGAAAUAAUGCAGAAAUUUGAUUUUCCUUCCCUUCACUUGAGGAGUAUUCCAUUGGAGCAAGUUGUGAAACCAGCACUUCGUUGUUCAACUAUAAAGAAAUCAGAAGAGACAUCAAAGUCCCACUUGGAAAGCUUAAAGUCCCAAUUCAUAGCUGGAGAUCAGAUGGUUGAAAAGCCUCCUGAGGACUUAAAGGAAGUGUUAAGUGACAGUCGUCUAAGUAAGGCUGAGCUUGAUGGAAAAGACCAUGUAAUUUAUUCUAUGGACCAGCAAAACAAGAAGAUUGAAGCUCAUUGUAGGACAGCCGAACGAAACAAACCAAGUGUUGAUUGCAAGGCCCAAAACAAGGUUCAAAAGAAGAAAGGCACCAUUAUUGACCUAAAAGAUCAAAUAAAACAACUUCAACAGCAGUAUAAUGAAACAGUGGAAGAAAAUGGACGCUUACGAGCACGACUUGAAGCUUGGAUGAUCACUGCACAAAGUGAACAAGAUAUCCUUUCAAAUGAGGUCUUUUGCAAGGAAGAUAUAAUCCACAAACUAAGAAUGAAGCAGUUAGCUCAAGAUGAAAAAUGUAAAAUAGUGGAGGAACAGGUGGCUCAGUGUGAAGAAACCAUUAAACAUUUGCAAAUCGAAUCAUCUUCAUUAAAUUCAGCACAAGAAUUGAAUGAUAGAACAAUUACACAUAAAAAGCAGAUUAUUAGUGAGCUACAGCAAGAAAAUGAUACGCUGAAGCAGAAAUUGAAGGAAACAUUGUGCAAGGCAAACGAAAGUGAAGAACAGGUCAACACUCUGAGCUUGGAAAUAAAUAUGUUGAAAAUAAAACUGAUGGAAAAGACUGAUCUUGCUCAAAACUUGGAAAAGCAAAUUGUCAAACAGCAUGAGUACUUAACCAGGGCGAAGGAAACUCUCAAGGAUACUAAGAAGGCAGCUGGUAAUAAGAUUCAUCAGAAGGAAAACAAAUUGUGUGCUUUGCAAAAACAGUUAGUGGAGGCUCAAACGCAAUACUCGGCCUGCUAUGAGGAGUUGCUCCACAGAGAAAAACUCAUGCAGAAGCUAAGAGAAGAAGCUAUGCAAUUGACAGACCAAAUAUCACAGCAUUCCCAGGACAUCAGCAAGCUCAACACUGAGAAGCAGGAAAUCGAACUGCAAAUGGCAGUAAUUGCUGAGAAGCAUAGAACUGCUCAACAAGAGGUGAUUAACAGAGAUCAGAUUAUUCUAAAAUUGAAGACAGACUUGAAAACUGCACAGGAGAAAUAUACAGGUUCACAGGACGAACUUGGUGUUCAGCAAGCUGAGAUCAACAGACUUCAUGAAAAAUUGGAAGAUCUGCAGAAUGAAAUUCGCAACCAAAAGCAUGUUCGCAAUGAACAGGAAAAUCACCUGAGCCAAGCUGAAAAGUCUAUUCAAGAAUUUGCACAUCAACGGGAAAUGCUCAUGCAAGAGAUACAAGCCAAUAAAAAUAAUAUAGCACAAUUGCAGAAUGAUUUGGAUAUCGCAAAGCAAUCUUACGAUAUUGAUUUGGAACGAUGGUCACAGAAAAAUGUUUUGUUGCAAAAGGAGCUGGAUUCGACCAUACUUGAAUUGCAGGAUAGUCUUGGCAAAGUGCAAGAAUGUAAGACGAUUACAGUGCAACUCAAAGAAGACUUGGAAAAAGCAAACCAUCUUCAUCGUGAGGCUGCAAGCCGAGUUGUACAGCAUCAAGAUGUUAUCCAAAAACAGAAUGAUGAGAACUUGCAUUUAAGAGAGCAGAUUGAUCGCUUAAAUGAUGAAAUUAUAGAAAGUCACAAUCAGGCAAAAGUUUUUGAAUCUACAAUAGAUCUGUACAAACAGAAAUAUCAAGCAAACACUGAUAGAAUCCAAGAUCUGGAGAAACUUGUACAGAACUUUGAAGAAGAAUCAAAAUAUUCAAGUAAUCAGAUGUUUGAGCUGAAUGAUUCAGUCCAUAAUUUAAAAGAUGAAAUGGUGACCUUGCGACAUCGAUAUGAAGAAAAAUGUAGCCAAAUUGAAACUUGUGAAGAAAUGAUUGAUCAACUGUCAGACGAGUUGAAUGCAAGUCAACAGAACUUACAUAAAAACAAAGAUCACAGUGCUCAGUGUGAACAAUUGAUCGACAUUUUAAAAGAUGAGGUCCAGAAAAUGCAAAGAGAGAUUACAGAUCAAAAGGACACAAUACAACAACUCCAAUCAGACUUAACACAGUAUCAAAUCAACCACGGUCAUUCCAAUGAGGAGUAUAAUGUGCAGACUAGACAAAUGGAAUAUUUACAGAAGGAACUUGAAACUGUGAAAAAUGUUUGCAAUGAAAAAAUCAGUGAAGUUGAAAAAUAUGAGCAAACCGUGUUCAAACUCAGAACAGAGAUAGCAAAAUCUUCUGAUCAGCGACAGAGCUAUAUAGAUGAAGUGGAAAGUCUUGAAAAGACUUUGCAAACCCUUCAACUGAGUGGAGCAGCUUCUGAACAUAAGCAUAAACUAGAACUUGUACAACUGCAGCAACAGAUUACCCAACUUGAAAAUGAUCUUACAGAUUCACAGAGAGUUUGCAACCAAAAGAAUCAGGAAAUAUGGAAAAGAGAUGAUCUCCUGCAAAAGAGAGAGACGGAUCUUCUGCAGUCCCAAGAAAAUCUCAAAGAGAAGGUGGAAGAGCUGAAAGCUUUUGAUAACUUAGCCAAGGACCUGAAAGCAGGAAUGCAAGAAUUACAGAAUCACAAGAAACAGAUUGAUAAAGAAAAUGCAGCACUGAGAACAGAGAUUCAACAACUAAACCAGGAGCUGCGGGAUACUCAUCAACAGUUCAGAGAGAAAGUUCAGGAGCUUGCCAGUCAGGAACAAAAGCUGAUUUUAAUGGAGUCAAACCUACAAGCUACUGAGAAGCAUCUCAAUGAUCAGAUAGCUGAGAUAGUUCGUCAAGAACAAAGGCAACACAAAUUACGUACUGAACUCAAAACACUUAAAGAGCACCUUGAAACUACCAAGGAAGAGGUUAACAAGCACAAACAAAUUGAAGAGGAGUUAAAACACGAACUAAAUAUGAAGAAACAGCAAGAACAGCAGAAUUUCCAGGAAAUCCUGAAACAUCAGCAUGAUAAUCAGAAGGUCGAGUUCGAACUGACCAUUGCUAAAGAUCAGGUCCGAGUUCUACAGCAACAGAUUAAGGAUCAGGAAAGUCAUAUAUCUGCGCUGGAAGAAGAGUUGAAACAGCUACAACAUAAAUAUCAUAAUGUCUGUGAAGAGCUACUGAAAGAGAAGUCUCAUGCCAAAGAUUUUCAAUUCAAGAUGUCUACAGCUGAAAUAAAGACAAAAAGCCACGCUGAAGAGGUACAAGAAUAUGAAGAAAGACUGAAAGAACUUAGUGUCCAGUUGAACCAAGCACUGAAAAAAAAUAAAGAAAAUCUCAAAGAUUUGGUCACUAAAGAUGAACAACUGAUUAUGCAUGAAAAGGAGAUGGCUGUUUUAUGUGAGAAGCUCGAAGAAAACAUGGAAGAGUUGGAGGCACAGAAACAGGCUUUGGAAGCUGUGCAAAGAGAUAAUAAUCAGUUCCAUGAGGAAAGUGAGUUAAUGCUCUCAAAUGUCAAUAAAUGGAUCACAGAGCAAGGGAAGGCAAAUGAAACUUUGGGUGCAAAAAUCAAGGAACAAAACCAACUUGUCUCCCACUUAACAGCAGAUAAAGUACUUUUACAGGAAACCAUUGAUAGUUUAAGUCAAGAAUUGAAGAAAAUAAAAACGGAAUUAGAAGAAAAGAAAAAUGAUACAGAACAAAUCUGGGCAUUACAGAAUCAUUCUGCCAAUCAGCAGAUACUGCUCAAUCAACUCAGAGGUCUUCUGGAAGAUCAAGAGCAUGAACAUGAGAGUCUUAUAGCCAAGAAACUUGCAACUAUUGAAGACAUGCACAACAAAUUGAAAACCAAUAUUGAGUCAAUACAGCUGUUGAAUGAACAGCUAAACACACUCAGUAAAGUAAACCUAAAACUGAAACAAGAGUUGGAAAAAGAGCAAAUUCGCUGUCAUCAACUUGAACUGCAAUCAGAAGUCUUCCAACAGACCAUCUGUUCUCUGAGGAGCCAACUGAAGGAUCAACAAUACCUGGACCAUCCACCAAGCCAGCAAGUAUCUUUACCUGAAGGGACUAUACUUUCUGAUCCAGCAAAACUUUUAAACGGUUCCCAAGGACUUGAACAAAAGCCGAACAGAGUUUUUUCAAUGGAGAGUGUAGAAGAUUUAACCAGAGAGGAUCUUGAAAAAUCAGUGAAUACUGAUCCAAUGAUACCAGACAAAUCUUACUGGAUCCAACGAGUUGGAGAGCUUUCGGCUCAGCUACAAGAGAACACUGAAUACUGGACAGACAAAAUGAAUGAACUAACCAAGCAAAUUGAGCAUGUUAUUUCAAGUUCCACCAAGAAAUAAUGAUUUCUGAAUUAUUGAAUUCAACAUACAUUUGAGAAAACAAUAGCAAUUAGAUAUUUCCUUGAAUAGGAGGUUUUUAUAUUCAUAACAAGCUGUUAAUAGGAAAAAGCUAAUGCUGGUGCCUUAUAAUAACUAUUAGUAAUGUAAAAUUUGCAAGAAAUAUUUAGUGAUUACAGGGUUAGAACAGAAUGUCUGUAAGGAAAACAAAAUAAUGAUUAAGUUGAUAAAUAACUGCAUAUAUACUAUUGAAAAAAGGAAGCCAAAGAAAUAUUAGAAAUAAUCAAAACUAGUCAUUUUGGAACUAAUAGUAUUAGUACAAAAAAUACUUUGAUUUACUUUUUUUUCUGAACGGCUUCCAUUUUUAUGACUUCUCUAUGUCAUGUGCAGGUAAAAUGUGGAAGCGGUUUGAUCAGACUGUUAGUUUUGUUUCUGCUUAUCCACUGAUUGUCAUGACAGCUGAUUCAACAUCUUAGCAACAGCCAUGACAGCUAAAGGAUAAUGGGUCUUCUUUCAAUAGAGGACUCUGCAUACUUAAGCAACAGUGAAUAUGUAAGGUCUUGUCCAAACCAUGACAGUCUGCUAUUAAAUUUAUGUUGUGUUGAUAAGAUGACAAUAUCUCUUUCUUUGAAAACUCUUCUUAAAGAAUAUGAUUGAAAAAGAAUCUAAUGAUUUGAUGAGUAAAAUACAUUUAACAUUCCUUUGUUUGGUCUCUUAAUUACAGCUGGUAUGAUUCUAUUUCAAAGAGAAUGGAACAUCUGGAAAUAACAUAUUAGUGUCAAGCCAAAUGGUCAAAAUUUUAUUUGCAGAACAAUGAACAAUGUGGGAGAUUAUCCAGACUGAGCGGUUUUCAAAGCCAUUCUUAUACAACGUCAAAAAUGGUGCAUAUAAAUUAUGUUUUUUAAAUUGUCAGCUCACUGAGCAUUACCCUAAAAUACAGAAAGAAAUGGUGCUCUUGAAGGAUUCAAUCACAGUCACUCUGCAAAUGCAGUUUAAAACUUUUUUUAAAAAUGAAUUCACGAGAUGUGAACAUUGCUGCCUAGGUCAAUAUAUUGUUCAUCCCUCGUUGAUACUGAGAAGCUAAUGGUGAGCUUCUUCCUGAAACCACUGCAAUUGAUGUGGUGUAGAUACUCAUAGUCUUGUUAAGGGGGGAGUUCCAGGAUUUUAUUCCAGCAACAGUGGCGUAGCAGUGAUAAUGUUCCAAACCAAGGUGAUGUGGGACUUGGAGAACUGACAGCACAGUUUUGGAGUUUAAUCUAGGUUGAUUUUCAUUUGCUGUAACAUAGAUUCUGAGCAGGUAAAAACAAGGACUGCAGAUGCUGGGAAACCAGAUUCUGAGCAACUGAUUGAAACACAGACUCAUCCCAACCCACUCAAAAUUGAUCAUGUUUUUAUUAUUAAUUCCCAAUUUAGCAGCUGGACCUCUGUGACUGGUUCACAGAGAAGCUGGAAAUGGAUUCACACCCAUUCUUUAUUUUUGAGUUCUCAGUCUGUGCUUGAUCUGCACAGAUAGACGCUCAAUAGAGGCCAGGGUCUUGCUGAAAGAAAGGGGUAUACAUUGUUCCCAAACAAAUCCAAGAAUUUAGUUUCAAAGUGGAAGUGAAGUAGGUCUAAAAAGACAUUGACUAUUUCUUGACCUGGAAAUAAUGCAAUAAAAGAUAGGUACAGAUAUGUUUAAAUAAAAACUAAUCAAAUCUCAAUCUUAUAGGCAAAUGUCUGUACUAUUACAUUUUUGAAAAGUAUUUCUUCCAUGGACAAAUCACAGGAUUCAACACCAUGAUUUUUUAAAAAUGUUUUCUUCACUUUAUGAAGGCAGGAGGUAUCAUUUUAUUGCUGGUCAUUUAUAUGCAACAAUAUCUUAACAGUUUUAAGUACUUAUGCCUUUUGGAAUUGUUAGCAGCCUUUAAAUUAAAAUAUAAUUUCCUGUACCAAUUCAACUCAUUGAUAUAUUUAUUAAA